AUGUAUAUUGAAGGAGAAGCAGCAGGCGAAGCUAAACCACCUGAAGAGGGAGCACCACCCGUUGAAGGGGCACCACCCGCCGAAGGAGCUCCGCCUGCAGAGGGUGCGCCAACUACAGAGGGAGAAGCAGCACCACCAGCAGAAGGAGCACCACCUGCAGAAAGCGCACCACCUGCAGAAGGCGCACCACCUGCAGAAGGCGUACCACCCACAGAAGGAGCGCCGCCUACAGAAGGAGCAUCACCAGCUGAAGGAGCACCAACCACAGAAGGGGCACCACCAGCUGAGGGAGCGCCAACGCCUGAAGGCGCACCACCUGCAGAAGGCGCCGCUCCGACAGAAGGAGCGCCACCCGCUGAAGGCGCACCACCUGCUGAAGGCGCACCACCUACAGAAGGCGCACCACCUGUAGAAGGUGCACCACCUGUAGAAGGCGCAACACCUGCAGAAGGCGUAGCACCUGCAGAAGGCGCACCACCUGCAGAAGGCGCACCACCUGCGGAAGGGGCGCCUUCUGCUGAAGGAGCAACUCCAACAGAAGGUGCGCCACCCACUGAAGGAACCCCAUCAGCUGAGGGUGCGCCACCAACCGAAGUAGCUCCACCGCCAGAAGGCUCGGCGCCAUCCGCAGAAGCUAGCCCACCUGCCCCUCCAACUGAAGCACCUGCUGGAGAAGCUGCACCAGAAGCACCCGCAGCACCACUCGAAACAAUUAUAGCGGAAUAGGAUCCAAGGGGGAAACGUUACGGGAAAAAUUAUAUUAUAAAAAGACUUUGGACACUAUACAAUCUUUUUAUCUAUUUUUAAGAAUUGCAUCUGUGAACUUUUGUUCAAUAAAUCUGUUAUUUCUUAA